UUGCUUUCAGUGCGGCUUCCUCCCCCGUCCAUCCCCCCCUCUUCACCCUGCUCCGGCUCGGACCAUGAUGGACCUGAAGGUGGACGAGGAGGAGGUGGAGAACGGGCACCCGGUCAGCAUCGAGACAUUCGCCAGCAGCUCCACGCUGCAUGGCCUGUCCCACAUCUUCUCCUACGAGCGCCUGUCAGUCAAGCGCAUCUUCUGGACCCUGUGUUUCCUGGGCUCCUUGGCUGUGCUGGUCUUCGUCUGCAAUGAGAGGAUCCAGUACUACUUUCGCUACCCUCACGUCACCAAGCUGGACGAGGUGGCUGCCAGCCACAUGACCUUCCCAGCCAUCACCUUCUGCAACCUCAACGAGUUUCGCUUCAGCCGGGUGACCAAGAAUGAUCUGUACCACGCUGGGGAGCUCCUCGCCCUGCUUAAUAGCAGGCUCUGUGCUCUUGAUCCCGAUUUUGUCUCCAGCCCCCUUGUUUCUUUAAAGCGUUUGAUUUCACUGGGCCAAGACCAAGCCUAUUGGUAUGGUCACAUUAAUGACAGCUCUGGCUGA